ACGUGUGCAUGAUUUCCGGAAUGAGUUCCAGCUCGGCUCACCCCUCAAGUUGAUCUUACCAGCAAUGAUGAAACCCGGCAGCCUAAGGGACCCAUUCUUGUCAUGCACGACACCUCCACAUGGUGGUGGAUAAAUGACAUUUCUGCUAUAUAAAUGACUUCUGCUCCUCCAUUCGACCAGCCCCUCCGAAUCGCAUUCACUGGGCUCUUGUCUACUCGCUCGAUCAUGUUGACGCCUACUUUGACCCUUUACACUGCUCCGACCCCGAAUGGCCACAAAGUCUCCAUAGCUCUUGAGGCUCUCAAAGAAUUGUACCCCGAUAGCGGACUAAGCUACGAUUUCAAAAAACUUGACUUCAGCAAACUGGAACAGAAAGAACCAUGGUACCUUCAAAUAAACCCGAAUGGUCGAAUUCCGGCAGUAACCCACCACCGCCCAGACGGAUCGCACUUUAACGUUUUCGAAACAGCCGCCAUACUUCUUUAUCUCGUUCAGCGAUGGGAUCCAGAGAGAAAGAUCAGUUUUGAGAUUGGAUCAGAUGAGGAAUCUGAAGCUCUUCAGUGGAUAUUCUUUUCUCAUGGUGGUGUUGGUCCGAUGCAAGGCCAAGCGAAUCACUUCUACCGCUACGCACCUGAAAAAAUCCCCUAUGGUAUAAACCGUUACAUAACCGAAACGAAACGCCUUUAUAGCGUCCUCGAGGCCAGGUUGACCCAAGGUGAAGGUCGAGACUAUCUAGUUGGAUCUGGGAAGGGGAAGUAUUCUAUUGCUGAUAUCAACGUUUGGCCCUGGAUCAAAGCCUGGGCAUGGUCGGGCGUCGAUAGCCUCGAUGAUUUCCCUAACCUCGCCAAAUGGCUCGAUAGAAUUGCCAACAGUCCAGGUGUUCAGGCGGGUCUUAACGUGCCUGAGAAACGUCCCGCUGUGAGUGAAUUGACCAAGGAACAACAGGAGGAACAAGCUAGGAAGGCUUCGGAGUGGAUCUUGAAGGGAAAUGGUGUUAAUCAGACCAAGUGAGUAGACCCCGGAGAGUGAUGGCUU